GGCUUCAAAGAACCGCUUCAGCUACACGCCAUCGACCGCACAGGUGAACGAGACUGCGGCCUUCACCAGCGGCGCAGCCACGCGUGAUAGCGUCAACAACACGAAGGAUGGCAUUGGUGGUGGUCAAGACGUGUACACCAACUACAAAGGCAACGCGACAAAGAUGCUUGCUGACCUGCCCGUUGCAAAAUGGGUUUCAUUCGAAGACAUGUGGACCAACAACCUAGACACGCUGCAGAACUCAUGUGGCUUGCUGGACUACGGCGAGAACGACUCUGCAGAAGAAAUCCAGGACAUUUACAACGCCAUCCAAGAUCGCGCCAACGCCUCGCUCGUCGAUCAUCGUCUCAUUCUCGCAUUCAUUCUCCAAGAGUCGAAAGGCUGCGUGAGGGUUCCAAGCACCAAGUCUUCAGGCGGCGUCAAGAACACAGGUCUCAUGCAGGCACACAAUGGACAUGAGUACAGCAAGACGCAUCAGCAGGCGAGCAUUAUGAUCAUGAUCCAGGAUGGUGUGCAGGGCACGAAGAAAGGCAAUGGGAUUGUGCAGGAGCUGAAUGCUUACUACGGCAAUCCUUACGCUGCUGCGCGUGCGUACAAUAGCGGGUAUAUACCGAGCAGUGGCGACUUGUCCGAAGCGGCAGGCGCCACGGCUUGCUAUGUCUCCGAUAUUGCGAAUCGUUUGACGGGUUGGGUCAAGGCAACUUCAACAUGUUCGGAAACGGGACAUUGAGAGAUGGACAGUAACUUACGUGUUAUGCAUAAAUAUAAUGUCGAGGUUUCAUUGGG